CUCGCUUCGACAUCUCCCCAUCACACCAUCACCCUCCAGCCCAUCUCGACAUCAUGCCGCUGCCUGUCCCAAAGUACCCCGAGCUCAUCCUCACCCCGUACCCCACGCUCCCGGCCACCAAGAGCGCCGAGAAGCUCCUCCGCCAGCUGAGCGACAAGGAGCUCAAGACGGACGACACGUACUCGGUCACCAAGGCGGGUGUCACUGCGCCUGCCGGAAAGAACUACCUCUACACCCUCGCGCCUUAUUGGUGGGAGUGCAACGGAAAAUGGGAGCGACGCGACGGACAGCGCAAUCCUUUCUGCGAUAAGGCCGAUGGUCAGAAGCAGCUCCAGGACAUGUCUCUGGCGCUCCACACCCUCUCGUUUGCCGCGCAGGCCCUUGGGAACAACGACUACGCCGAGCGCGCGAUCAAGCUCGUCCGCGCCUUCUUCCUCGACGAGGAGACGAAGAUGUGCCCCGAGGUGCUGUACAGCCAGUGCUGUCUUGGCGACGACCCCGUGUGCGGAGACAAGACGUUCAUCAUCUCGUCUCGAUACCUCAUCCUCGCGUCGCAAGCCUUCCGCGUGCUCCCCAUGCCUGACGACGUAGCGGGCGGGGUGAAGGCGUGGGUCGGUGCCCAGCUCGCAUGGAUCGACUCGUCACAGCAGGGCGCGGACGCCAAGGCGUCAGGCAACAACAUCACUGACUGGCUCCAUGCAUUGUACGCCUCGCACCUUGCGUACCUUGACAAUGCCAAGGCCCAGGAAUACGCCCAAGGAGUCCUCUCUUCGCUGACGGGAAAGUCCCCCGCGGACACCUUCGCGCCAGAGCUUGAGCGUACCAGGCCGCGGCACUACACCCAGUUCACCCUCGAGCCGCUGUUCAUCCUCGCCCCGAUCGCGGGCAACGGCACGCCGCCUCCCGAGGUCACGGCGUGGCUCAAGGGCCUGCUGGAGUUUGCACGCACCGUCCCUGCUGGUGAGCUUGAGGUGGACCGCGAGGCCGACGAGCGGUUCGUGCCCGGCUUGGCGUGGUUCGACCGCCUUCUCGCCCGCUGGGAGGGCGGCGACGUCCCCGAGCAGGAGCCUGAUGGAUCGGCGUGGGAGGGCGGAUGGAACCAGCGUGCCCGGCUGUCGUGGGCUCUGAUCUAG